CGGGCGGCCGCGGCUCUGGGGACCGGGUGCUCCCGGGCCCGGCCCUAGUCGCCCGCCCCGCCGCCCCGGGGCGCCAUCGGGAGGACACGGAGCCGCGCGGCGCGAGAAGGAGCCAUGGGCAAGUGCAGCGGGCGCUGCACGCUGGUCGCCUUCUGCUGCCUGCAGCUGGUGGCUGCACUGCAACGGCAGAUCUUCGACUUCCUGGGCUACCAGUGGGCUCCCAUCCUGGCCAACUUCCUGCACAUCAUGGCCGUCAUCCUGGGCAUCUUUGGCACUGUGCAGUAUCGUUCCCGGUACCUCAUACUGUAUGCAGCCUGGCUGGUGCUCUGGGUUGGCUGGAAUGCCUUUAUCAUCUGCUUCUACCUGGAGGUUGGACAGCUGUCCCAGGACCGGGACUUCAUCAUGACCUUCAACACAUCCCUGCACCGCUCAUGGUGGAUGGAGAAUGGGCCAGGCUGCCUGGUGACCCCUGUUCUGAACUCCCGUCUGGCCCUGGAAGACCAUCAUGUCAUCUCUGUCACUGGCUGCCUGCUUGAUUAUCCUUACAUUGAAGCCCUCAGCAGUGCCCUGCAGAUCUUUCUAGCUCUGUUUGGCUUCGUGUUCGCCUGUUAUGUGAGCAAAGUGUUCCUGGAGGAGGAGGACAGCUUUGAUUUCAUCGGUGGCUUUGACUCCUAUGGAUACCAGGCGCCGCAGAAGACAUCACAUUUACAGCUGCAGCCUCUGUACACGUCGGGGUAGCUUCUGCCCCCGCACCCACCCCACGCUGCGCUGGCGGCUGGAGGAAGAAGCGCCAGAUGGGCAGGCGCGCCCCCUGGCGGCUCACAGACUGACUGCAGCCUGCGCGGCCCUACCUGGAUCUGCCGCUGCGGGAACAGAUGAGGACUCAGACUUGACCCUGGCCCUGGCCUUUGGCAGCCGGACUUCAGGGUUGGGUCAGGGCGGGACAGGGGAAGGGGUAUCUCGGGGUUUGUAUUUUUUUUAUCUCAGCCUUGGUGUGCGCUGGGGUCUUCCUCCCUUCUCCAGCCUCUCCUUUUCACCUUUUUACUUAGCCUCUUGCCCUUGGUCCAGACAAAAACAGGACAGAUGGACUCACCCCAUCUCACUCCUCAUUCACCAGCCCUGGGGAAAGACACUGUGAACUAGGAGCAGGAGUCCUGGGCUCCAGUUGCACCUCCAUCCCUGACAUCCAGUGUGACAUCUGGCCAAGUGCUCUCUCUGGGUCUCAGUUUCCCCACCUCAAGUAAUUAAGAAUAAUCCCAUAGCAGAUGAACUCUUUUAGAGCUCUCUUUUGACUCUCAGUUCCCUGGGCUAGGCUGCAGAUAUGAAAACAAGGCCUAGAAAUGUGAAGUGAUUUGCUUGAGGUCACAAAGCUCUGAUGGAGGCAGACUUUGAACCCAGUAUACUGUAGCUUGAGACUCCCUAGUCCAGCAUCUGGUCUUUGGACUUCCAAGCUCAAACACUCCUGCACAUUCAUACGCCACUGCCACCACUUGCCACUCUUAAAGCAAUAUACCUAUCCAUUCUCUUAUUGAGACCCGGAUGGACAGAGCCCAAAGCCUGACCCACAGGAAGCUUUUGUAGACUCAGUCCUUGUCAACCCUUGGCAAACCUUUGGAUCUCCCUCCUCUAGGGAAGCAGAACUAUCACUCACACCUCAGCCCCUGCCAGGUCCCAAAGCUUGGGUCUUCUAUCCCAUGAUCCCAUGAUGCCACACCUGACUCCUCUAGCAAUCCCGCCAACCCUUGAUGGCUCCUCCCACCUUACCAUUGUGUUCUCAGAGAGGAAGCUAGUGUCCACAGGAGCAAGUCCAGGAGUGCCGAAGGGGCAGAAUAAGGUAGGGUUAGGAAGGGUAGCACCCCACCUUUCCUAGGGACAAGGAGAGUUCUUCCUCACCUCCUUCCACAGAUGCCCUAAGGACCCUAUGUCCUGAGCACUGGCUGGUGAAUCACAGACAGAAAACUCAGACAUCAAUGCCCAACCUGUGAUGCUCAGGCAGCUCUAGAUUAGGAAAGCAACUGAGAAAGAUGUACAGGGACUGUAGUGGGGAGCCUGGACAGUGAAGAUGGUUUCUGUGAUGACCACAUCCUUUCCUACUUCACCAUCCCAUCUGUCAUGGUUUAUAGAGCAUCCAUCUCCAGGGGUUCCUCCAGCCAUCACAGAUCCCUGAGUGGAGAGUCUAAUCAGAGGGAAUAAGCUCCCUUUAGCCUGGGCUGCCACCUUACCACUUCCACGGACAGCACUCACCUCCCAUCCCUUCCCCCAGGCUGCCUCCUUCUACUCAACAGUUUAGCCAUUGGUGCUUUGAAACCAUUUGGUUUUAUAAGCUGGGUUUUUCAAGGGGACCUGUUCCUUUCUCACUGGGACUAUGUGAGCUGAGACUGCCUUGGUGUCUGUGCAGGUGGGUUGAUUAAAGAAGGUGUUUUCUUC